AUGCGAGUAAAUCUUCUGAUACUCCUGUCCGCUGCAUUUAUGGCUACAGUAUUCGCUGAUGAGGUCAGCAGAGUGAAAAGGAGCUACUACGGCUAUGACUAUGGUUACGGAGUUGAUGGUGAUUUCUGGUACGCUGGUCGCAUUUUGGGCAUCAUCCUCGGCAUCUCAAUGCUGCUGCUUUGCUGCUGCAUUCCAUGCGUCUGUCUAGCCGGGAUCUGGUUCCUUGGUUGGUUCGGACUACGUCAACGUCGCCAGCGGAAAGCCACUGCGGCUAACAGUGCUACCGGUAUCGGCAACCAGACUCAAGCGUCGUCUUCUGCUGCGAUGCCACAGUCACCGCCCACGCCAAAAUCGGGGGUCAUCUCGCAUCCGAUUCGCGUCGACGAUUCGCCACCGUUACGCCACUUUUCCGACACCAACAACGUCAUCUACACUGCUGAAGACCGCUAUUACACGUCUUCUGCUUCAGGCGGCGAUCGUCGACCUGAUCCGUAUCGAGCGUCUCGAUUCUAG